CCCUACCUGUGCUCCUACCCUCACCCUAUGCACUGAUGAUCAGUGAGAAUGUGUUAUGAAUUUUGCGAUAGCACUGAGACUUUGGUGCUAUUUUGUAGAGUUGUACCAAACUUUUAGAAGAUUGAAAGCAAUGCAACGAAUGAUACAUAAAGUGAAAGAGUUCUCACAGAACCGGAAGCCCGAGUUUGUACUCAUCUCAGGGGUAGGGCUCGUAGUUACCGGUGCUUUCCUGGCCGUUGUGUUCCCUAUGCUGUUAGGCGUCGGACUGGACAUGAACUUCAAGCUAACGGAAGGGAAGCAAGAACUACCGAUUCCUUUGUUAACAAAAGUCUAUUUGUUUGACAUUCAAAAUCCGAAUGAGUUCUCUGAAGGUGCCGUUCCUGUGGUCAGGGAGAUGGGCCCCUAUGUCUAU